AUGGAUCACUCUCUCUCGCCUCCAUCAGGUCCGACUGGUUCACAUGAUACGGCACCUACGCCUGAAUCGUAUCCGUCAGAUCCAUAUGACACACCUGAAGAGAAGGAAAGAAUAAGACGAAAUCUCGACAUUUCUUCCAAAUUAGCCACCGCUAAAACAUUUGCCGACUAUCGAGCGAUUUAUACCGAAUGCCGAGCUUUUCUCGCGGACGUGAAGUGGCUCGAUUUCGAUCAGGACCCUCGUCUUAUGGUUUGGAAGAUUGGGAUGAGAUUGAAAAUCGCCACUAUUCAUAGGAUCUUACGACACCCUUGGAGAGCUUACCGCAAUGCAGAUCUCGCUCUCGGUUACUGUCGAAUACUCAAUGGUUUACAAGGAGCCGACGUGUCCGACAUAUUGUGUAAUCUGGGUCCAACUGUACAAAAGACAAGAGAUACUGCUUGGAACGACUGGAAAAACAAGGAGUUGGACAAUGAAGGAUCAUCAUCCAACGAAGAGACUUCUGAUCCGGAAUGUUAUUUCGUUACUGAUGAAAUUCUUGAUCAGUGGGAUGAGCAAGAUGAAAGGGAAGAGCAAGAUGAAAGGGAAGAGCAAGAUGAAAGGGAAAGGAGCUUAGUGGCUAAUGAUGGAGCUCCUGAGCCUCAAUCAAAAGUAGAUGAUCUGAACGCUUCCUUUGGCAAUCUGAGCGCUCACAGUCCAUCUAGGGACACAGGAAGAACCUUCACGAUGUCUCCGCCCCCUCGUACCACUUCAUCGCUAUCUUCUGGUUCAUCCAUAUCUCACCUUCGUACCCCUCACUCCAGGAGGAUCUUAUCAUUCACUCCCCACAUCGUUGUACCUCACUCUGCUGUAUCAGAGGAUAUUCUCGAAGAUACCGAGAGCAAGACCUCAAAAUAA